GAGCGCAAAGCCAAAUCCCCAUCGCUCAUAGCACCUAUUUCCCUCGAACAUAUCGCCAGCGCUAGGACUAUACGGGUCCUUGAACGAUGGCUGUCGGCCUGCGACCAGGAUGAAGCCCUCCACGUCAGUUUUGGCCAUCAGGCCCUCCUCAACUACAAUCGCAACCGCACCAGCGAUCCGACCUUUUCUCUGCGCACGACAGUAUGCGACCCAGAACAGCUUAGGCACCACAGCCCAGCCCGGUCCUCGACGACGCAAGGUCACAGCCUUCAACGAUGAUGGCCGCGUGCCAUGGAAUCAGCUCUCAGCGGGGGAGAAGACAGCUCGCGCGACACAGCAGAGCUUCAACUUUGGCCUGGUCAUUGUGGGAAUUGUGUUGACGGGUGGUGUCACUUAUUUCUUGUGGUCAGACGUCUUCUCACCAGACGGCAAGACCGCACAGUUCAACCGCGCAGUCGACAAGAUUCGCGAAGACGCCCGCUGUCUCGAGAUUCUCGGUCGCGGUAAGAAAAUAUCUGCACAUGGAGACGAGACAUUCAACAGUUGGCGAAGAGCGCGACCAGUGUCGUCGAUGAACAGGCAGGACCCAGACGGGACGGAGCAUCUCCUGAUGCACUUCUACGUACAAGGUCCCAAGGACAACGGAACGGUCCGACUACACAUGUUCAAACGCCCCGACAUGAGCGAGUUCGAGUACAAAUAUCUCUUCCUCGACGUAAAGGGACAUGAAAGGAUAUACUUGGAAAAGCAGGACGAGUCCAAGGUGAAGGGCAAGAAGCAACUGAGCUUCUUUGGCAUCAAAUGGUAGGGAGCUCAAAAGUCGCUGGCCUCUUCAUGGUAUGAACCUUCCCUCAACGAUCAGGCUGUAAGAUAGUGUACA